GCACCGUCAUAUCCCUCGCCGUACCCUCAGCCGUAUCCCCAGCCCGGUCCGGAACAGGAAAACCAGGGGACGUGGUGGUAUCUGCCACCGCACCCCGGAUCAGGACAGUUCGAGUCCUUUCAGAGUCCAUACGCCAUGUCAUAUAGCCCGACCAAUACACGCGAAGUUGAGCACCCCCAGUAUCGACCACACGGAUCAUCGCCUGUGGCGUCGACCCUGUUCCCCAUGGCACCUCCUUACCCGCCACGGCCAAGUCCGGGUCACAGCUCGUCCUCUGCGGCUCAGAGUCCGUAUUCACCCACAGCGCCGAGCCCACAGCUGUCUGCGUACGGUCCGCGCGCGAGCGAAACGCCGGCAACGGUCCAGCAACCAGGACGGCCGCCCGACCACACGCCCAUGGCAUCAGGGAUGUCAAGCGCGGCGAGCAGCCAACACAGUGCAGAGCGUCCGCCCCCGGUACGGCGACCGUACCACCCAAACCCGCCCGCGCACCGUUCGGAGUGGGUCAUGUGGGCGGGGAACGUCCCCUCUGACGCGACAAAGGAGGAGCUCUGGCGGUUCUUCAACUCGCCGCCUUCUCCCGGGUCCCAAGUGUCCACGGGCGCGCAGUCUGCCGGGGCACAGUCGACGCAGAGUGCGCCGGCGGGACCGGUCGCAUCGUCCGCGGCGUCGACGACGGACUCGUCCACGGCGUCCACGGAGUCCGUCUUUGGCGGGGUCUCGUCCAUCUUCCUCAUUCUGCGCUCGAACUGCGCCUUCGUCAACUUCCACUCGGAGGCGCACCUGCACGCGGCGAUCGAGCACUUCAACGGCGUCCCGCUGCGGUCUGACGACCCGCGCUGCCCGCGGCUCGUCUGUCGGGUGCGCGGGCGGGAGGACGACCUGAAGUCUGGGGUUGGGGGCCAGCGGAUGGCGCAUGUGCACAUCAGCUUUGCGCGGGAACAGCGGGAGCGGGAGCGGGAGGCCGCGCGGCGGCGCUCUGCGUCGUCGUCGUCGUCGGACCAGAUCACGACGCCGUCGCCGAGCUCGCCCACGGACCCUGCGGGCCUGCUUAGGGGGCUGUCGAUAUCGAGCGACGAGGAGGCGGGGACGGGACGGCGCGCACGGAAGCCGGAGCCACACUCGAGCAGCUCGGGGUCGUACGCGUCGACGAACUCGAGCAUAUUGACCGCGUACUUUCCCAAGCGCUACUUCAUCCUCAAGUCGCUGACACAGUUCGACUUGGACUUGAGUGUGGAGAAGGGCCUGUGGGCGACUCAGCGCCACAACGAGGGGAUCCUGGACCAGGCGUUUCGGACGAGCAAGGAGGUGUACCUCAUCUUCAGCGUCAACAAGUCUGGGGAGUUCUACGGCUACGCGAAGAUGGCAGGACCUAUCAUGCGCGGAGAAGCACGGGUCUCUUGGGCCUCCCGGACGGACUCUCCCCAGCACCGAGCGUCUCAGGAGACGCCUCGCGAUAGCCCCAUGGCCACCGCCCGCGCGGGAGAGACGGCGUACUUCUCGCCCAGCGAGAAUCGAUACGGCGAGUCUCCCUUCCCGAUGUCCCCCGAGACGCAGAAGCAGGCGGCGACCUCCGUGCCGCUCUCGUUCUCGCAGCAAGUCGACCGUAACGCUGCCUCCGCCCCUGCGGUGCUGCACCGCCCUCACCGUGCGCUCAGUCAAGCCACUCCGGAGGAUACUCAGACGCACAGCUACGACGGGUUCAGCAUUCGCCCCGCCAUCCCUGCGAUCGCUGGCCACAAGCAGCAGUCGGAGCCCGGGGGCGUCGAGCUCGAUCGGAUGGCGCCCAUCCGCGCCAUCCGCAAUCCGCGCGAACGGGUCGCUGAGGCCGUCAGGACGCUGGAGGAGUCGCCUUUGCACACCGUCGCCGAGGAGGACGAGCGGCCGCAUCUCGAGGAGGAUCCAGGGAAAGGAAAGGCGGUCGAUCGGACCCCGUCUGGCGCCGCGCCCACCGCCUCUGCGCGAGAGCAGGAGGAUGGCCCUGCGUGGGGCGAGUCCUUCAAGGUGGAGUGGAUCCGGACGGAGAGGCUGCCGUUCACGCGCACGCGGCACCUGCGCAACCCCUGGAACCACGACCGGGAGGUCAAGGUCUCACGAGAUGGGACGGAGCUCGAGCCGACGGUUGGCCAGGCACUGCUCGAGGAGUGGGACAAGCUCGAGCAGCCGCAGCCGCCGUCCGCACCCAGCGGACACGUGGAGGUCGGCCGACAUCUGCAGGGCAAGGCUUCUAUCUCGGCGGACGUCCUCUCCGGGCCCGAAUCGACGAGGAAGACAGGGCGGGAAUAAUGCCAGGUGGUCGAUCGCCGGAUAUGGACGAUGCUGAAUCUUGUCUCUUCCUGCCCUUUCUUUCGCUUCACGCGCAUCCAUUCGUUCACGCAACGACAUUCUGCUGGGCUCUUCAGCACUCACGGCACCGCACACGCACGCAUAUACACGAACGCACGCACUCUGCACACGUCCCGGUUAAUAUUUACAGUACUCACGCGCGCCUCGCGCCCAUGUGCCGCCGAUCAUACACGUCUUCGGUCGCAUGGGGCGCGAUGACUUUUUUUCCUUUUCGUAGGUUGUCGAUCCGCCGCUCGCACAUGUCCUCUUGCUGCUCCUUUUCUUUUCAUUGGUUAUCUACGCGUGCUGCAUUGAUACUUCUACGUACCUCAGGGCUUACGUAUCUACUUCGGGUCAAUUUGUCGUCGCACGGAUCCUCACGGUGUCUCGGUCCUACCCACUCGUUCCUCGCUUACUCAUCAUCGCGCUCGCUCUGUGGUUGCUUGUUGUAAUCAUCGCUCAACAACCAAAACUCCUCCCCAUAUACGCACGCACUCGCAUUCGCACCUUGCAUACACAACCCCCCUCGCUACACGCAC